GUUUCUGGUCAGACCAAAGGGGACGGAGAUUUGGCGCCCUUCGUCUCCGAGCAGCCUGGCGCGUUUUUAAAAGCGCAAAGAAGAAAAAGAAGAAAAAUACUUUAUAAAGAUUUAUAUUUUAUUAACGGAAACAACCACGAGACCAUCUUCACGAGAAGGUCCCACAUGAUGGCUGGUGUCGUUGCUAUGGCGUCUGUCAUGGAGGACUUUGACACUCAGCCGUGCAAAACAUCUGGCAAAGAUGGCGGCAGCCCUGUUGUCAAGACAAUCACAAACUAUUUCUCACCUGUGCCCAAGCCUGCAGAGAAGCCCUUUUCUCCUCCCCGCUCCAACAACAUCAUGGACUACUUUAACCGGAAAGCUCCGACCUCCAAGGAUCGAAACAGCUCACCAGAGCAGAGUAACAAGAACUGUCAGACACCUCAGCCUGCACAAAGAGAAACAGGGCCAGGGUCAAGCCAUCCACCUCAGAAACGGAGCAGAAAGGCCAGCAGAGCAGCGAGGAAACUUGAGCAGCCUGAAACUGUUGACUUCACAUCAGAGGAGAGCGGCGUGAUUAAAGAGGAGCAGCAUGCGAGCAGAGACUCAGCAGCGAAUGGGACCUGUGGUGUUCUCGGCAGUGAUACUGCGGCUCUGUUGGUCCAGAUCAGUGCUGAGGCAAGCUCGUCUAAAGCUGUCAGUUCUGAGCAGGCUAAAGGAGAUGAUCAACAUGAUGUUUCCAAACAGAGUGAAAAUAUUACAUUUAAACCAGAAUUCAAUUGUACUGAAUUAUCUCCUAUUGUACCCUCAAAAGAAAAAUCAAAACAGGACAAAGCUGCUGCACGGAGUUCCUCAAAAAGGCAAAAACAGGAGGCCAAAGAUGCAGAGGAGAACCAGGGAUCUUUGUGUGACGUUGGCAUGGAGGUCAAUGUAGAUGAGGAUGCUCAGCUCGACAACAUGGUCAAAAUCUCUUUUGAAGAUUUUGUGCGCAGUCAGAGCCUGAAUGGAGGGAAAGAGGACACAACAGAUGGACGGGCACGAAUGGACACUGACCCAAUGGAAAUCCUCAAAGCUGAGGAAACUGUAGUGUCUGGGGAGACACCUCUCCAAGUCUCGCCACGGACCCUCACCAUCCAGGCUGAAGUGCAUGCAGUCUCACCCAAACAUGAUGCAGCUAUGGUAGGUGCAAAGUUGGCUUCUAUCUUCAAUAUGAGAAAGGGAACCACAAAUGCUGCAGAUUUAACAUCCCCCUCUCAGACAGAGGCUGGACACCAACUUCCUACUGCCUCUCUGGCUUUCAAGCGUAAAUCCAACGUGGUUCUUCAGGAGGAAGAUCUUGAACUCGCUGUGCUUGAGAGUGAAUCUACGCCCAAGUGCAGUGAGGCUGAGAAGAAGCAGUUCAUGGCUGCUUUCAAACAGCCCAGUCAAAUCAAACCCUUCAAGGGCCAGAUCAAGCAGAAACAGGUUUUGGAGCAGGAAGAAAAAGUGUCUGAAGAGGACAGUGAAAGUCUAGUCCCAGUCAAGCAAGAGCCGUCUGCCUCUCAGGAAAACAAAGCUGCUAAAAAGAAAGCAGCAAGAAAAGACAAGAGCAAAGGUAAAGAAGAAAAAGAGGCAGUCAGCACUCCGCCUGGUGCUCCUGAUGCUCCUGAUCCUGAUCCUGCCAGAGAAACAGCCAUCACAAUUUUUGAUGUUGAUGAUCAAAAUGAAGAACCUCCUAUCAGCUCAGCUCCUUCCAGUCCAGCAGUAAGGAGGUCCAGAAGGGAGGCUGUUGUCAGAAAAACACCUGAGGCCACUCUGACGACCCCUGUCAGAAAAACCAGGAAACGCAACGAGUCAAAGGAAACUGCUGUUUUACUCAAGGAUCGCCCAGCAGAUGAGUCCACCCCUGUAGACCAGUCCACCCCUGCAGACCAGUCCACCCCGAAGAGACGCAGGUCCAAACACGGAGUGUUCGUCGCAGAAAUGCUUUGCCCACCUGACACAAGAGCAAGUCCAAUCAGGAUCAAAUUUACCAGAGUUCAUAAGAAUGUUUCCAUGACUGAGGCCCAAAGUGGGAGUGGCUUAAACACACCUGUGGCUCCUAAAGUAUCAAAUGAUCCCAAGAAAAGCAAGCGGGUGAAGAAGCUGGUGGAAAAAGCAAAAGUGAUUCAGCAGAAGAAAAAAUCUAACGUGGCGCCAAGGCGAUCAUCACGAGCUGGAGCCAACACUAAAAAGAUCUACUGUGAAGACGAGGAUUCAGUGAUUUGUUUGGAGGAAGAUCAGACUGCUGCUCCCCAGGCGACAUCAGAAAAGAGUAAACUCCCGAAGUCUUUACGGAGUCUAAACGAUGUUCUGGGAAAACCUACACCUGCAGACAAAGAGACCAGGACUCUCACAGACAAACCUGCCCCUAAGGUUUCAGCAGUGAUUUCCAUUUUUGAUGACAGCAGCCAUGACGGCUCCGACAGCACGCAGGAUGGCGAGCAGUUCAGGGCUCGCAGGGAGUUUUUAAAGAGCGGCCUUCCCGAGUCCUUCAGAAAACAGAUCGCCAAGUCAGCAGCGAGCAAAGAGGCGUAUUCACUGUCCUGUUCCUCCUUUCAGCGAGUGAUUCACAUAAAGCAGCAACCAAACGAUUGUCCUCUCUGGAGUCUGCCGUGGCCGGAGUCUCUGGAUCACCUGAAAGGUUGUUGGAGCCAAACAUACGGCAGACUUCCACCUGUUUGUGGCCCGGUCUGUGUGAAGACAGAACCUGUCCGCCCCACCCUCAGUGAACAAGGUUCUGGUUGGAGGCCAGAGAUCUCUGAAAGUGUCCGCCAGCGUCUUAUGGAGGAGGUCCGGACCUCUAACCCGUCCUUUCCUGUUCAGAAGUUCAUCAGUUGCUUCCUGAGGCGCUCUGACCCCCAGCAGCAGAGCUCAGUCUCAGAACCAGGAGCUGAAACCAGUGUGUCCAGCACAGCACUGCUAGCUGAAUCAGUGUGUGGGAAGAGGAAGAGGAGGGAGGAUGAAGGAGAAAUGACAGUGAAGGUGGCUAAGAAGCAACGGGCCAACUCCUCAGAGAAGAUUUCCACAUCUGAGCCUGAGCCAACAAAAAGAGGAGGCCGUACGCGGCGAGGGCAGAGAUCCAGGCAGGAGGAGGGGCGGACUGAGAAAAACAAAGCUUCAGGUAAAGACGUCAGACCUGAAGACGACUCGCUGGCUUUGCUCCAUGAUGUGCUUUUGGGAGAAGGCAAAAAAGAUGUGAUGAAGGAGGACGUGUUGUGGACAGACAAAUAUCAGCCCCAGCACUCCAGUGACAUCAUCGGAAACCCCGAUUCAGUGAGGAGGCUGCACAGCUGGUUAAAGGAAUGGAAACUCCGAGUGGACAGAGAAGAAAGAAAGAAGCAGAAGGAGAAGAAACAAGAGGAAGGCAGCGGCGACUCAGACUGGGACUACGGGGAGGACGACUCCCAGGAUGGAGAGGACAUGUUGUGUAACACGAUGCUCAUAACAGGACCCCCUGGUGUAGGAAAGACUGCUGCGGUUUAUGCCUGUGCUCAGGAGCUGGGCUUUAAGGUGUUUGAGGUGAACGCUUCAUCUCAGAGGAGCGGCCGUCUUAUUCUGUCCCAGCUGAAAGAAGCCACUCAGUCACACCAGGUGGACAGUCAGGGGGUCAACGCCCACAAACCCACCUACUUCAACAGCUACAGCAGCAGUGCAGGAACCAUGAGGCCUGGAUCCUCACCUAGGAAGCUAAACUCUCCUCGGAGGGUGGUCUCCUCUCCCAGGAAGAACCCCCAGUCCCCUCGGGGUGCUAAAAGAAGAGGUCUUGCUCCCACCUCUCUAUCCAACUUCUUUAAAGGGGUUCAACCCGCCAACAAGGACGCCGCUAACACCAAGAGGACUGAGCUAACAGGAACUCCUCUGAAGAAAGCCACCAAAGUGAAUGAGUGUGUGAAUAAGACCCAAGUCAAAUCCCCGACAGGGACAACCUCUAAAGAGAAAGGAAGUGAGGAACCAAGCAAGAGGACAGCCACCUCCCUGAUCCUGUUUGAAGAAGUAGACGUGAUUUUUGAUGAGGACUCUGGCUUUCUGUCUGCCAUCAAGACAUUCAUGACCACCACGAAGAGGCCGGUCAUCCUCACCACCAGCGAUCCGUCCUUCAGCGCCAUGUUCGAUGGAAACUUUGAAGAGAUCGUUUUUCAAACCCCUUCAGUGAUGGAUGUGACCAGCUUUCUGAGGCUGCUGUGUCUGACAGAGGAUGUCAGGACGAACCAAUCAGAUGUCAGCUCUCUGCUCAGGCUCAAUGGCUGCGACAUCAGACAGAGUCUACUACAGCUGCAGUUCUGGACUCGCAGCGGAGGAGGGCACAUUGUGUCUGGAUUCACACACACAGGUAGAGACGAUGGAGAGGGGUGUCUUCCUCCCUGUGACAGAGGCUGCACUCAGAGCAUGCUGGGUCUGCUGAACAUCGAACCACAUAGAGAUAUUUGGGAUCUGCUCAAGAGGCGGAGUAUGGAGGAGGAGGAGUUGAUCUUAGAGCUGCUGACGAGCUGCAGGCGGCGUGGAGUGGACCUGCUUUAUUCCAACAUGGAGACGCUCUUACCUCUACCUCGCACACUGCUGACUACCUCGACCUACAAAUUGGAGCUGGCUGCUUCCACAUCACAGAACCAUCCUCCUGGCAUGCCGCCUUCCAACGCAGGGCCAUACAAGGAGGAAUCAGCCGAAUCCGGGUCGGAUGAUAGCAGUCCAGUCAAAAUGUCCAACAGAAUGCGAAAGAACAGACGGCACGGUGUACCUGAGCAGGAUGGACUGCACUCGGACUCGGACUCUGAGGACACUUUUUUAUCGCUCAACAUGUUGAAGGGAUCUCUUUCAGCUAAGGAGGAACUGACACAGAGUUUAGUGUCAGAGAAAGUAAAGAGGAUACCACUGACUCCUGACCAGAGGGAAAAAGGUCUCCCAGUGUCCCAGUGUUUAGAAUCUAUAGCUGUCUUCUUGGACAACAUGUCCUACUUGGACUCCUUCUUCUUAGUUCAAACAGAGGGGAGCGACAGUGGUCACAGAAAGUUGCAGGUUGGUGCAGUAAUCAAAGAUGGGAUGACAGAUGAGCCCAGAGUUGAGAUGGACAGAGGGAGUAUGAUGAGAGGAGAGCUCGUCUCUGAGAUCACGGCUGGAGUUGAAGCAUUCAGCUUCAGUUGCUGUCAGAGUUCCUUGGCGGAGGCGUUGGACAAAGCCCAAAAAGUCGAGGGAGAGCUGGCAGCUGAGCUCAGCCUCCCAGUGGCUUCUCACCGACAGAGAUCCAGCUUCUCUGAGGACAGUCCGUUACCCCCUCAGUUGGUCCAGCAGAGGAGAGAGGUGCUUGACAGUCUUACUGUCAAAGGAGUGUUUGGUCCUCUUGGAAACAAAGCAGCUGCUGCACUCGACUACCUCCCAGCUCUCCGCACCAUCUGCAGAUCAGAGCAGCUGAAAGAGCAGGGCAAAGUCAAACGAAGGUUCCUCCAUUACCUCGAUUCAAUCAGCCUGGCUCUGGAAAAGAGAACACUACACCACCUCGCUAAAGAUUUCCCCUGAAGAUAAAAUGAUCUCUUCAAACAGACACGGCCUUUAAACUGGUGACAUUCUUUAGGUCAGGUUUGCAUGAGGAGUCUGCUGCACAGAAAUUAAAUUAGUCAUGAAGAUUUCCUGCAGUUUGAAAUGUUGUCUAACCUGUCUGUCCUCUGGUGCUUUUAAAGCCUGCACUAAAUUACUACCCUGUGAUGUUUUUGUGUUCUUUUGUGUGAGAAAGUGAGUUUUAUACAUGAACAAUUUUCCCUCUUUUAUUUCAUUUCAGUGUUUUCAUUAAAUUAGAAAUUGCUCUUAAUGAGUAAAUUACUUUUUACAGAUAAACAAGUAACAUAAUUUGCAUUUGUUUGUCUAAAUGCUAAUUGUAAAUUGUCACCUUCCAUAGAAAGUAAUGUUGAUGCACUCUGGGGUUUGCCUUUCUGAAGUUAAUAAAGUCAGAGACCUUUUCACUGAGAAACUUUGGACAUUUGUUGGCCAUGAAUGUCACAUUCAAAUUCAAGACAUUUUUUUUCCACACGGGAUUUCACCUUUUGUUUUUUUUCAUCCCUUAAUAUUUACACUUUUUUCUGUUGGGUUUUGUUGUGACCAAAUAAAUGUUUAUAACAACCAAA